CUUUCUUAUUCUUCUUUCGCUACUCGCGUAUGUGAAUUUUUUCUACCUAUUUUUUUUUUUCUCACCAUUUCUCUGCGAUUCGAAAACUCGAUUCUCGCACUUCGUCGCCGUCGUCGAUUCCCGGAUCCGAACCCUGCGAUUCACGAUCUCGAUCUUGAUCAGAAUCUCCGAUUCAUCUGUAACAUUGUUGUAGAUUGCUAAAUCUCGCUGGAUCUCGAGGAAUCGAAACUGGAACGGAACCCUAAUUUAAUCAUCUAGCCCUAAAUUUAUCGAGAUUUCGUGUUUGGUUUGUAAUUGUAACGUUUGUUGUUGUUGUUUUUACUAUAUGGUUUUUGGAUCGUUCUUGGGUUGUGAGAAACUGAGGAAUUUGGAGGCGAUGGGGAAGGAGGUUGAGGAUGUGGAUGUGGAGGAAGGUGAGAUUUCGGAUGGUACUGCUUCGGUGGAAGAGAUCAGUGCGGAGGAUUUCAAUAAGCAAGACGCUGUUAAGGUGAAUAAUAAUAACAACAACAAUAAGACUGAUGAAGCUAGGGUUAAAGCUGUUCAUGAUCUUUACUCUAGGUACCCAAAUAUAUGCCGCGGUUACGCGUCGGGUUUGUACAAUCUUGCUUGGGCACAAGCUGUGCAGAAUAAGCCUUUGAAUGAUAUUUUUGUGAUGGAUGUUGAUUCUGAUGCAAAUGGUAAUGGUAUCAGCAAGAAUCGAAUGUCGUCGGGUGGUUCUGUGGAUUCUAAGGAGGUUGUGGUGGUGGAUGUUGAGGAUGGGGAGCUGGAGGAGGGUGAGAUUGAUGCUGAUGCUGAUGUUGAUGUUGACCAUGAAGCAAGAGCAGGUGGUGGUGGUGAGUGUGAGGGUGGUGAUGAGGUGAUUGUUGAUGGUUCUGAGGCUAUUCCCAAUUCUAAGCUGCUUGGUGUUAGGAAUGUUCUUGAGAGUGUUAAUGUUGCUAAUGUGGUUAAAUCGUUUGCUGAAACUUGCACUAGGCUGCAGAGUGUCUUUGAGGACUUGCCUCAAGUGUUAUCAGGACUUGCUGUUUCUGAAAAGGAUAAUCUUGUUCGUUUGUCAUUCGAUGCAAUUGGAGUAGUUUAUUCUGUGUUCUACUCUAUGGACAAUUUGCUAAAGGAGCAGAACAAGGAUGGCAUAUCAAGAUUACUUUCUUCUGUGAAGGAUCUUCACGCCGAUUUAUUUUCUACAGAGCAUAUGAUUGAGAUUCAGGUCAUGGUUACUGCAGUCAAUUCUGUUGGUGCUUUAGGCAAUGAUGCUAUUGAAGAUGAGAAAAAAUUGCAGACCCAUGAGACAAAGACUCAGGAGAUUCAAGCUGUAAAAGCUCCUGAAUUGAGUUCUUAUAGUAAGCCUUCACAUAGCGUCUCAACUGAGGCGUCCGAAGCUUUUAAAUCUGGACUAAGUAAUUUUAAAGGUAGAGGGAUUUUGCUCCCUCUAUUAGACCUUCAUGGUGAUCAUGAUGCCGAUAGCUUACCAUCACCCACCCGAGAAGCGCCGUCCUGCUUCCCUGUAAAUAAAUCAAUGUCUAUUAGCGAGGGGAGGGUUGGGUCUGGGUUGCCUUCUAGCAAGAUGAAGGCUAGGAAAUUGGAAUUGGAUAGUGAAGAUUCUAAGAUUCAUCUCUAUGAAACUGAUGCUUUAAAAGCUGUUUCCACAUAUCAACAAAAGUUUAAUCGAAGUUCCUUUUUCACAUAUGAUAAACUUCCAAGUCCAACCCCUUCUGGUGAUUGUGAGGAAGAGGCUGUAGACAUGAAUGAUGAGGUCUCUAGUUUUUCUAUAACGAGCUCUAAGCCAACCCUUUUGGAUCAGCUGCCUGUUUCUUCUACUUCCAUGGAUAGGUCCUCUAGCAUGCAUGGAUCGAUUAAUUCUAAACUUGACGCGGUAGGUUCUGUGUCUUACCCUGUGAAAAGUUCAGUGAAGAGUAGAGAUCCUAGGCUUCGUUCAAUUAGUUCUGAUGCAGGAGCUUUAGAUCUUAACCAACCUUCAAUGACACAAAGUGUGCCUAAAGUGGAAUAUUCUAGUACAACAAUCUCAAGAAAACAAAAGGCUGUAGAAGAGCCUUCUUUUGAUGUUGCUGUAUCAAAAAGACUUAAAAGUUCCUUGGAAAAUCCUGACCGUAAUACAACAGAGGUAAGAACUGCUGCUGGAAAUGGUGGUUGGUUGGAAGAAACUGCUACCACAGGAUCUCAGUUGUUAGAAAAGAACCAUUUAAUUGAGAAAAGGGAAGCUGAGCACAAAAAUACUUUGAUUUUUGGUGCUGGUAACAUCAAUAUGACAAGUAAUCGAAAUGAGCAGGCUCCAGUUACAACUAGCAACAUGACAGCUUCUUUACCUGCUUUAUUGAAAGAUAUAGCUGUAAACCCAACCAUGUUGCUAAACAUACUUAUAGAGCAGCAGCAGAGAUUAGCAGCAGAAUCCCAAAAGAAAUCUGCGGAUUCCGCUACAACUACACUGCAUCAAACAAGCUCAAAUUCAGCAUUGGGAAUGAACCCAACUGUGAGUGCUGGUCCAUCAUUGACUACUGGUUUUCUGCAAAGUUCGGUUGGGAUGCUUCCAGUUUCAUCACACCCAACUUCCACGGCACAAAGCCCUCCACGUGAUUCAGGAAAGAUUCGCAUGAAACCGCGUGAUCCACGGCGCAUUCUCCAUGGAGGUGAACAAUUCAAAGCCACUUUAUCCCCUAUGUCGAACAACCAGGGAACUCUGGACAAUGUAUUGGCCCAGAAGCUUGAGGUUAGGACUGAGACAACAUCGGCGCCUACUCAAUCAAUUGUACAACCUGAUAUUGCUCGCCAGUUCACCAGUAAUCUGAAAAACCUUGCUGAUAUUAUGUCUGUUUCGCAAGAAUCUUCAAAGCACUCUUCCGCUCCUCAAAGUUUUUCUUCAGCAUCUGUUCCUCUUAUAUCAGAUAGAGCUGAACAGAAAUCUGCUGCGUCUAACUCUCAGAAUCUGCAGGCUGGCAUAGGAUCAGCUCCUGAAACAUUUGGAUCAGGUUCCUCUCGAUCCCAGAAUAAAUGGGGCGAUCUGGAGCAUAUUUUGGAUGGUUUUGAUGAGCAGCAGAAAGCUGCUAUACACAUAGAAAGGGCUAGGAGGAUGAAAGAACAGAAUAAAAUGUUUGCUGCUAGGAAAUUGUGCCUUGUAUUGGACCUAGAUCAUACACUUCUUAAUUCUGCUAAGUUUGUGGAAGUUGAUCCAGUGCACGAAGAAAUGUUGAGGAAGAAAGAACAGGAGGAACGAGAGAAACCUCCGAGUCAGAGACUCCUUUUUCGUUUUCCUCAUAUGGGAAUGUGGACUAAACUCAGACCGGGAGUUUGGAACUUCUUGGAGAAGGCUAGUAAGCUCUUUGAGCUGCAUGUUUACACUAUGGGAAACAAGCUAUACGCGACGGAAAUGGCUAAGUUGCUUGAUCCAAAGGGGGCAUUGUUUGCUGGGAGAGUUAUUUCUAGAGGUGAUGAUAAUGAAUCCCUUGAUGGUGAUGCUCCUAAAAGCAAAGAUUUGGAUGGCGUUUUGGGUAUGGAAUCAUCGGUUGUAAUUAUAGAUGAUUCUGUGAGAGUCUGGCCUCAUCACAAAGCGAACCUUAUAGUGGUUGAAAGGUAUAUAUACUUCCCCUGUAGUAGACGUCAAUUUGGACUUCAUGGUCCUUCUCUUCUUGAAAUUGAUGUCGAUGAGAGACCUGAUACUGGAACUCUAGCAGCCUCUUUGGCGGUUAUUGAGAGAAUACACCAAAACUUUUUUGCUUCACAAUCUUUAGAAGAUAUGGAUGUCAGACAUAUCCUAGAAUGUGAGCAGAAAAAAAUCUUGGCUGGAUGUCGAAUAGUAUUCAGUAGGGUGGUUCCGGUUGGCGAAAUUCCCCACCUUCACCCUUUGUGGAAGAUGGCCGAACAAUUUGGUGCUGUUUGCACAAACCAGAUUGAUGAGGAGGUUACUCAUGUAGUUGCAGGUUCCCUUGGGACUGAUAAGGUAAAUUGGGGUCUUUCCACUGGAAAAUUUGUUGUCCAUCCUGGCUGGGUGGAAGCAUCAGCAUUGCUAUAUAGGAGGGCGAAUGAGCAUGAUUUUCCCACUAAACCACUAUAAAAUUAACCAUAUAAUCUCUGGUUAACUAAAAUACGGGAAACAUAAAUCAAGAAUCACAUUGAUUCGGGUGUCUGAAAUCACCAGAUCAGAAUUGGUCUGGGGAAGCAUUUUUAAUGCCUGCCCAUCGGAGCUGGCGGUUGAUGAGUGUAAUUUCACUCAGAGGCCAGUUUCUGAGGACUUAAAUGGAGAACUGUAAAAAUGCCCUGUGGUUUUGGGAUUUUCCUUCUGGGAUGGGUGCUGAAAGGGCCUAAAAUGAGUUGACAGCUUUAGGGAGUAGGUGGUUGAUAUAUUGUGGAGGUGGCUUUUGUGAAGCUCUCAGGAAAUUUUGCCUGAGAUGAUGUCAAGAGUGGAAAAUUUAAAGGCCUCAGCAUUUUAGAGAGUUAAAACAUGGAGGAAUUGACUUAACCUAAUUUAGGAAACAAAACUUCCUUGAUUAGCUGAGUCUGAACUCUGAAGGGAGCUGGGGGCUCAUAAUGGGGGGCUUAUGGACCAGCAAAUUGAAUUUCUUAGAACUGAAUUUGUAUGUGAAUGUGUCAGUGUAUAAUCAUUGUGGGGCUCAGACUAAUCACCAUUCACUCCCCCAAAACAUAAAAUUCAGCAGGGAGGGGUUGGACAGAAAAUCUUAGGAAGCUAACCAUACAUUAUAUAGGCAGGUCCCUUCUCCUUUUGGUUGCUUCUGCCUUCAAUUUUUGCGACUUGCGUGGUCUUACAACAAACCAAUUGGAAAAUUUUGAGAAUUUGUAAAACACAACAAUCUCAUUCAUGAUGCCAAUUUUUUCCUGGGAAACCCAUUGUGGUCAAGAUAGCAAAAUGGAGAAAGUAAAACGUAUAUGCUCCCUCGACCAAAAAAGAAAAAAACGUAAAUGCUCCCGUUUUGUUCAAGAUAGCAAAAUGGAGAAAGUAAAACGUAUAUGCUCUAUUAUAUACUGAAGAAUAAUAACAGUGAGAUACAGGUGCUGUACUGAAAUGGACCACACAAACUAGUCCCUUAUCUCACUGGUGCCAGAAACACUAACUUUGUCACUCUUUCUAAUAUUCUUUUUUUGAUUGGUUAAAGUUUAUGUAGAUUUCACCAAAUUGGUAGGGUGGUUCAUAUAAUUUAGUGGACCCUACAUGAUUUUUAACCUAUUAAAGAGUGAGUGUAGAAAGAGUGUUGAAGUGAGGUGUUGGUAGCAUUUCUCUUGUGGAAACAUUAAUCAUCCCUUGCUAUGUGUCUGUCCGGUUCUCAUGACUCUAGUUUCCUUUUAGGCUAACGUUUUUAUAUAGAAAAACUGUCAUUUAGAUCAGUAAAUAAGUUUCACAUGAAUUUCGUUUCACUUGUUCAAACUUCAAACCAAUCAAUCCAGUAGUUUCUUAAAGGGUGCACCAAA